AAAGCAGGCUCCCCGCUGAGCCAGGAACCCGAUGUGGGGCUCAAUCGCAGGACCCUGGGAUCAUGACCUGAACUGAAGGCAGAUGUUUAACCAUCUGAGCCACCCAGGCACCCCUAGGCACAUACACAUUAAGUCUUGUUAUAUGUUCUUGGAAUAUUGGUCCCUUUAUCAGUAUGCAAUGCCCCUCUUUUUCCCUGUUAACUCUCCUUGUCAAAGUAUCUCCUGUCUGAAAUUAAUAUAGUUAUUACUGCUUUCCUUUGAUUCAUGUCAGCAUGGUAUAUCUUUCUCCUUCCCUGUACUUUUAAUCUGUAUGUGUCUUUAUAUUUUAAGUGGGUUUCUUGUAGACAACAUAUAGCUGGGCCUUAUUUUUUGAUCCACUCUGACAAUCUGUCUUAAUUGCCAUAUUUAGUCCAUUGACACUUGAUGUAAUUAUUGAUAUAGUUGGAUUAGUAUCUAACUCCCUGUUACUGUUUUCUAUUUGUUGCCUUUUUUCUUUGUUCCCAUUUUUGUCUUCCACACUUCUUCUGCCUUUUGUGGUUUUAACUGAGCAUUUUACAUGGUUCCAUUUUCUCUUUUCCUUUCAUAUCCAUUUACCUCUUUUUUUUUUAAACUUUCUUUAGUGGUUGCCAGAGAGUUUAUGAUAUACAUUUUCAACUAAUCCAAGACUACUUACAAAUAAUACUACCUUACAUCACAGGUAAUGUUAGUACUUUAUAAUAACAAAAUAUUUCUAAUUCCUCCACACCCCUGUGUCAUUCAUUUCACUUGCACUUAAGCAUAUUAUAUAGAUAACCAAAUACAUUGCUGCUGUUAUUAUUUUGAACAAACCGUUACCUGUUAGAUUAAUUAAGAAUAAGAAAAAAGGAGCACCUGGGUAGCUCAGUUGGUUAAGUGUCUGACUCUUGGUUUUGGCUCAGGUUGUGAUCUCUGGAUUGUGAGACUGAGCGCUGCUUCAGGCUCUGUGCUCUGCAUGGAGUCUGCUUGAGAUUCUCUCUCCCUCCCUUAGUGUCUGACGUUAAUUUGAGGAAAUUCUCAGAAUUUCUCAGAAAUUCUCAUUGGCACCGAGGGCCCUGGGCUGGCAGCUUUGUCGCUCUUGCCGUUGGGUGGGCGGCAUCUUGGGGCCCAGAUGAGCCAGUGGCAUCAUGCCCGCGGCGGCUGGGGCCAGGGACAGGUGUUCUCUGGAUGUAGCUCAGCCAAGAAGAAGUGCGGAAACCACAUCCCGGAAAGGUGGAAAGACUACCUCCCAGUUGGACAACGGAUGCCUGGGACUCGUUUCAUUGCUUUCAAAGUUCCUUUGAAAAAGAGUUUUGAAAAGAACCUUGCUCCAGAAGAACGUUUUUCACCCUUGGAUCUUUUUAACAAAAUCCAAAAACAGAAUGAAGAACUUGGACUAAUUAUUGAUUUAACUUAUACUUACUGUUAUUAUAAACCAGAGGACUUACCAGAAACUAUUCCUUACUUAAAAAUUUAUACAAUUGGGCAUCAGGUGCCUGAUGAUGACACUAUUUUUAAAUUCAAAUAUGCUGUUAAUGAGUUUUUAAAAGAAAAUAAAGAUAACGACAAACUCAUUGGUGUUCAUUGUACCCAUGGUUUAAACAGGACUGCCUGUCUCAUCUGCAGAUAUUUGAUUGAUGUUCAAGGCAUGAGGCCAGAUGAUGCAAUUGAAUUAUUCAAUAGGUGCCGCGGACAUUGCUUGGAAAGACAAAACUACAUUGAAGACCUUCAGAAAGGUCCCAUCAGAAAGAAUUGGAAUUCCAGUGUAUCCAGAUCAAGUGGUUUUGAAGAUGCAACACAUAUGAUGGAACGAGUCCAUACCACUAUUAAGUCUGUUAACCAAGGACAUUGGUAUAACCUACAUCAGACCCAAGGUUACCCGGUACCUUCUCGGCAUUUCCACACCCAGACCCAGGAUUUGCAGCAGUCAGUAAGAAAAUUUUCACAGAACCAGAACGUUUACCAGAGAGGCCAUGUCCCUCCUCCUGGUCCCCCUGGAGAGGACUAUUCACAAAGGAGGUACUUUUGAAAUAUAAAGCCAAACGCCAGUCAAGCAGCCCAGAAUACAGUGUGGUAUCCUGGCAGUUACUACGGACUACCGUAUCCAAUGUAUUGUGGAUGGACUGAAUGACACAAACGUGUCCUGGAAAUCUCUCUGCAGAUAGAGCAGGACUGAAGACCAGCUGGAGUGACUUUUUAUAAGAUCAGGUCAAAUGAGGCUUAUAAUUUGUUUUAUUGCUCCCUCAUGUGUUCAAACUUAAAGGAAAAUUACAUUGAUACUUACCUCUUGGCUGAUAAACUUGCAGUAUUUGCAACAGUAAAGGAAAUAAUCUGUCAUUCAGUCUUAAAUUUUUUAAAGGGAAGAUGGUAUUUUAGAACUGAGAAAGUAAUAUAGAAUUUCCCUUGUAAAUUAUUUUCUUAAAAAUUCUGUCUUCUUUAUCGAUGUAUUUCUUUCUGACUAGACUUGUGAUAGGAAAGUAUGUGCGGAAAUUUCUGGUGUUUUUGUCGUGUUCUAUUACUGACCCAAUCAUUAAGGCUAUUGUUUUUUCCCCCAGCUGUUCAAGAUUUCUAUUGAAACCUACCUAAGAGACAAAAAAAAAAAA